AUGCGUGAAAUCGUUCAUGUUCAAGCCGGACAAUGCGGAAAUCAGAUCGGAGCCAAGUUCUGGGAGGUGAUCUCUGAUGAGCACGGCAUUCAACCCGAUGGCUCGUAUGGAGGAGAAUCAGAUCUUCAACUUGAGAGAAUCUCCGUCUAUUACAAUGAGGCUAAUGGUGGAAAAUAUGUUCCCCGAGCGGUGUUGGUGGAUCUUGAGCCAGGCACGAUGGAUUCCGUGCGCUCUGGUCCAUAUGGAGCACUUUUCCGUCCCGAUAACUAUGUCUUCGGUCAAUCGGGCGCCGGAAAUAACUGGGCAAAGGGACACUACACUGAGGGAGCCGAAUUGGUGGACAACGUGUUGGACGUGGUUCGCAAAGAGGCUGAGGGAUGCGAUUGUCUGCAAGGCUUUCAAUUGACUCAUUCGUUGGGUGGUGGAACUGGAUCUGGAAUGGGAACACUGUUGAUCUCGAAGAUUCGCGAGGAAUACCCCGACAGAAUCAUGUCCUCAUUCUCCGUUGUUCCAUCGCCAAAGGUCUCCGACACCGUUGUCGAGCCAUACAAUGCGACUCUCUCCGUUCAUCAAUUGGUUGAAAAUACUGAUGAGACAUUCUGCAUUGACAAUGAGGCUCUUUAUGAUAUAUGUUUCCGAACAUUGAAACUUACAAAUCCAACCUAUGGAGAUCUCAAUCAUCUUGUCUCGAUGACAAUGUCCGGCGUGACAACUUGUCUUCGUUUCCCCGGUCAACUCAACGCUGAUCUUCGUAAAUUGGCUGUGAACAUGGUUCCAUUCCCUCGUCUUCAUUUCUUCAUGCCUGGCUUUGCCCCAUUGGCUGCCAAGGGAGCCGCCGCCUAUAAAGCACUCACCGUUGCUGAGCUCACCCAACAGAUGUUUGAUGCAAAGAACAUGAUGGCUGCUUGUGAUCCUCGUCACGGAAGAUAUCUCACCGUUGCCGCCAUGUUCCGUGGACGAAUGAGCAUGCGAGAGGUAGACGAUCAAAUGAUGUCUGUGCAAAACAAGAACUCCUCCUAUUUCGUCGAAUGGAUUCCCAACAAUGUGAAGACUGCUGUGUGCGAUAUUCCGCCUCGUGGCCUCAAGAUGUCCGCCACUUUUGUCGGAAAUUCCACUGCUAUUCAAGAGCUUUUCAAGCGAAUCUCCGAGCAAUUCACUGCAAUGUUCCGUCGCAAGGCUUUCCUCCAUUGGUACACUGGUGAAGGAAUGGACGAGAUGGAGUUCACUGAGGCUGAAUCAAACAUGAAUGAUCUUGUUUCUGAAUAUCAACAAUAUCAAGAAGCCACCGCCGAAGAUGAAGGUGAAUUGGAUGGAGAUACGACUGAACAACAUUAUGAUCAUGAA